AUGUCAUUAGAAGAAAUUAAUAAAUUAGAACCGAAUGGAUCUACUGAACUCCAUGUCGCUGCAUAUCGAGGACAUGAAGAAAUAGUUGAACUAUUACUACAAAAAGAUGCUUGUUAUACAACAGUGAAUAAAUAUAAUUGUACUCCAUUGGAUGAAGCUAGAACUGAUAGAAUAAAGCAGAUGAUCCGUCGCCGUAUGAAUAAAACUCGUUUUAUUAGUGAAUCCAUCGAAUGGAUUCUACAGACAGACAAGGCAGAUUUUCAAGCACAUCAAUAUUGGACAAAAUUGGAAACAUAUGGACGAGAUCCACAAUUUCAUAAAUUGAUUGAUUAUAUAAAAAGAAACUAUCUUGAAAAAGAUUUACAAAGUAUUGAAGAUAUUGAUACAGUUAUAAGAUAUUUUAAUAUCGCGAUCGACAAAAGAGAUCCUGUUUAUUUAUUACAAGCCUAUACAGCUGAAACUGGUUUCUAUUCUACACUUAAUGUUCAUCUAACUCAAAUACGUCUAGAAAAUUUAACUGAUAAUGAAAAUCUUAGUCGAGCAUAUUAUAUUGGAAUAAUUGCACGUCAUCCAAAAUUCGAAACAUUUUCGUAUACUGGAGAAGCAUAUCGUGGUAUGAUGAUCACUAAUAAUGAUUUAAAACAGUACGAGAUAGGUACACGAAUUUUAACUAAAACAUUUUCAUCUUCAUCAAAACGAUUGAAUAUAGCAUUGGGAUUUCGUGAUGAUAAGCGUCAUACAGAUGAUCGAUUAAGUACAAUAUGUACAUAUGAGAUACGUAAUCAAAGAACUGCAUUAGAUAUUCAAGAUAUAUCAUUAUUUCAAUAUGAAGAAGAAGUUUUAAUUUUACCUUAUUCAGCAUUUAAAAUAAUUGACAUUCAAAUAAAUAAAGACAAAUCACCUAACGUUGAAAUAAAAUUAAAAGAAUGUGAACCAUGGUAA